AUGUCGCUCAAGAAAUUCGUUAUGUCCGGAAUCCAGGAUGUGCUGGAGAACAAACUCGGCCAGGUUACCGGUCGAGGUCAACAACAACAGCAACAACCACAGUACAACUCGCAACAGAACCAAGGAAGCAAUAUGAAUCAGGGUUACCACAACCAAGGUGGAUAUCCACCUCAAUCCGGGCCAGGAAAUGCUGGCUAUAACCCGUAUGGCCAACAAAACAACUACCCUCCUAAUGAAGGAGGUUAUCCACCACAACAAGGUGGAUAUCCACCACCCGGAGGGUAUCUACCACAAGGAGGAUAUCCGCCGCAGGGAUCGUAUCCGGGGAUGCCACAGCCCGGUGGUUAUCCCCCAAAUCAAGGCGCUGGCGGAUAUCCUCCUCAAGGAGGCGCUGGUUAUCCGCCCCAAUCAGGAUAUCCUCAGCAGCAACCUGCAUAUCCUCCACAGGGACAGUACAACCAAGGAAUGAACUAUUCUGGACAACAGUAUCCACAGCAAGGAGGAUUUCAUGGAGGUCCUGAAAUGCUUGGAACGCCGUCGAUCCGAGCUGCCCCUAAUUUCAACGCUAAUCAGGAUGCAGAGACAUUACGAAAAGCCAUGAAGGGUCUUGGUUGCAACAACUCUAAGGUCGUCAGUGUUUUGUGUGCACGUACCAACUGGCAGAGACAGGAGAUAGCAAGGGCCUUUAAAGUGAUGUACGGUAAAGAUCUAAUCAAGGACCUCAAAUCCGAACUAACUGGUGAUUUCGAGGACCUAAUCCUUGCACUCAUGGAGCCAACUGCUGUCUACGAUGCGAAACAGUUACAUAAAGCCAUGGAGGGUCUGGGCACGAAAGAAUCGGUUCUUAUAGAAAUUAUGACAUCGCGGACAAAUCAGCAAAUUGCCGAAAUUCGCCAAGUUUAUAAACAGCUAUACAGAAGAGAUCUUGAAGCUGAUUUAAUCGGUGACACGAGCGGCUGCUUCCAGCGUCUUCUCGUCUCCCUUUGUGCUGGCGGCAGAGACGAGUCCAACUAUACCGAUCACCUCAGAGCGAAUCAGGAUGCUCGUAAAUUGUACAGCGCUGGCGAACGUCGACUUGGAACAGAUGAGAGCUGCUUCAAUCAAAUUCUUGCUAGUCAGAACUUCAACCAGCUUCGUUUGGUAUUCGAUGAGUAUGAGAAGGUGACGAAGCACUCAAUCGAAAAAGCGAUUGAAUCCGAGUUCUCCGGUGACAUCCGAGAUGGACUCCUCGCCGUUGUAGCUGUGGUUCGUAACCGACCAGCAUACUUCGCCAAGCUUUUGCACGAGAGCAUGAAGGGAUUCGGCACCAGAGACAACGACCUCAUCCGACUGGUCGUCAGCCGAUGCGAAUACGAUAUGGUUGACAUUAGAGGACAGUUCCAGGCCAUGUACAAAACGUCCCUGGAAAACAUGAUCAAAGGCGAUUGCUCCGGAGCCUACAAGGAUGGUCUGAUUGCUCUCGUCAACGGCAACUGA